CUUUUCAGCCUUGGUGUACCGCUCUGACGGAAAAGGCCAUCCGCGGGGACGGGGGAGUGACGCCGCCGCGCGCCGGCCGCCGAACCCACGUCACCAUUAUCCACUCCACCGUCCCGCUCAGACUCGAUUCGCCUCCGCCGAUUAAACGCUCGACAACGACACGCGCCCUACUCCAUGUCGCGCGCGGCCACCAACUAACCAACCCACCCGCCUCUCCUCCUCCACGCGGCGUCGGCGCAGCAAGCCAAGCGAUGGAGCUCCGCGAGCUGGGGGGCACGGACCUCCGCGUCAGCGCUGUCGGCUUCGGCGCCUCCCCGCUCGGCCACGUCUUCGGCGACGUCCCGCGCGACGUCGCCCGCGCCGCCGUCCGCCGCGCGCUCGACCUCGGCGUCAACUUCUUCGACACCUCCCCGUACUACGGCGGUACGGUCUCGGAGUCGGUCCUCGGCGACUGCCUCCGCCACGCGGCCGUCCCGCGGGACCGCAUCGUCGUCGCCACCAAGUGCGGCCGCUACAAGGAAGGCUUCGACUUCAGCGCCGCCCGCGUGACCCGUAGCGUCGACGAGAGCCUGGCUCGCCUCGGGCUCGACUACGUCGACAUACUCCACUGCCACGACAUCGAGUUUACUAACCUCAACCAGAUUGUGAAUGAGACAAUCCCAGCGCUCCAGAAGAUCAAGGAAAGCGGGAAAGCACGGUUCAUCGGAAUCACCGGGCUGCCCCUGAACAUCUAUAAUUACGUGCUCGAUCGGGUGCCACUGGCCUCGGUGGAUGUGAUUUUGUCCUACUGCCACUACGGGAUCAAUGACACCUCCCUGGUGGAUCUGCUCCCCUACUUGAAGGGCAAGGGUGUUGGGGUCAUUAGCGCCUCACCACUUGCCAUGGGUCUUCUUACAGACAACGGGCCGCCAGAAUGGCACCCUGCGACGGCGGAGCUUAAGUCAGCAUGCAGGGCAGCAGUAGAUCACUGUAGAAAGAAGGGAAAGAGCAUUACGAAGCUAGCAAUGCAGUACAGUUUGAUGAAUAAUGAAAUUUCCACAGUUCUUGUCGGAAUGAGCUCGUCAGAACAGGUGGAGGAGAAUGUGGCUGCUGCAAUGGAAUUGUCAACUUCAGGCAUUGAUGAAGAACUUUUGCGUGAAGUUGAAGCAAUUCUUGAGCCUGUGAAGAACUUGACUUGGCCUAGUGGUAUCCAGCAGGCCUGAUGUCCGAUAGCAGCUGCCCGAUUGAAGCUCUUGUGAUGAUUGUAUCUCGGCUUGUUGAUUGGGUCAAUUGUGGGCAUCUACAGCUUUGCCUGCUGAUUGCAAUCCCGUAUAAUUAUUGAUGGCAAGCAAAUGAAGGGGAUUGUUAAGAUUUAAUGGGCGGGUCCUCUAGUAAUUUAGACAUGUCGAUCGUAGACAACAUGAACAAUAAAAGAUCAAUGGUGACCACUAAAUAAACCUUUCCCAUACGUCAGGGAUGGAUUGAUGCUUGUAUGAAUAAUUCAGUUGUCAAACAAGUAAAUUGCACACCAAUAAUUUGACAGUGCAAAACAUUGCUGAAUCCUGAGCCAUAUAUGAAUUAUUGCUCUCAUUAACCUUU